UACUGGGUUGGUACACCCAUUGGCCGAUACGGGAACGGGAACCCAGAGGCCAGGUGGGAUCGCCUCCACACGGUAGAAAGAAGGAAAGAAAGACUGGGUUGGUUGGUGUGGUGAUUUGUUGGUGACGUUGUGUACGUUUGGACUGGUGUCGCUUAGCAACGCUUGCAUGCUUACUGUCGUCCAAGUAAUGCGUGUCGAGGAACGGUUUUCAUUCAAAUUUCUACCUUCUUCAACGAAGAAUUUUUUAAUUCGAUGUUGUUUAAUGAGAAAGAGUAAUGAUGGAACGCGAAGAUGAAGAAGUGAAACCUCUUGCAAACGAAACAGAUGAAGGGGAUUCCGAAGGAAAGAAAAAAUCGAAUCUUGACUUGGAAAUAACAGAUGAACAUAACGAAGACGAACUUACUUCUGCAUCUGUUUAUCAAAUUCGUCCUCGACUCAACGAAAAAUUUAAACCUCUGAGCGUCAAGGAGGUUAUACACAAUGUUCUGUUUGACCAAUUGUCAGCUAAAACUUACAGCUCGGAGGAUGCCAGUGCAUGGUCCAAGGGUAUUGCAGAUACCAUUAAAACUAAGGUGAAAGAGUUACAGUUCAAAAGGUACAAGUAUAUCGUCAAUGUGGUACUGGGUGAGCAGAAAGGAGCAGGCUUAAAAAUAGGCACACGUUGCAUCUGGGACGCAGAAGCGGAUAGCUAUGCUUACGACAAUUUCGUUAAUGACACAAUUUUUUGCGUCGCUUCAGUUUAUGCCGUAUAUUAUUACUAAUUUUGAAGAAUUUCAUUGGAAAAAGCAUGAAGAAGACACCACACUCUAUGGAAUGAGAAUUGCCAUCGAGAAAAUUGAAGCAUAUCAUUGAAACAAGAAAGAAAUACGCUUUGAACAUUUAUAGACGAUUCAGCACAGAGUCAACAAAUUGUCUAUUUUAUCCUUAUCAAAGACUGUCCGUAAUAUAAUAGUUUUUUUUUGUUCUACGUUAUUUAAUUGUUUGGGUUUGUAAAUAAAUAAUACUGUGUAUGUCAUUGUGAAUGUCAAAUACAGAUUGUUGCUAAGUUCAA